AUGCUUGUCCAUUUCACCCCACUGGUAGCUCUGCUGCCCACCAUUCUCGCCUGCGCCGAUCACUCAUACUCCGCACGCAGUAUCGUCCAGAAGCGAAUGAAGGAUUCGGACAUUCUAGAGAGCCAAUGGAGUACCCGGAACAUAAGCUCCAGGGACUGGGCCUACGAGGCUUCCUACGACUGGGGCCGUGUCAACCCAGACUACGAGCUCUGCCAAACCGGCACCCAGCAAUCCCCCAUCAACCUGAGAACCGCCGCCGUGGGCAACAAGGUGCACACGCCGGUUUUCACCGGCUACGACGGCGAGUGGCAGGGCCAGUACUUCAACUGGGGCUACGGCGCGGCCUUCAACAUCGACCACCCAAAGGGCGACUACUCGCAGCUGCCGUCGAUGGAGUACGACAACCACACCGUCUACAUGACCGGCUGGCACAUUCACGCUCCCGCCGACCACCGCAUCGACGGCGAGUCGCCCAAGGCCGAGCUGCACUUCGUCCACGUCGACGCAAAGGGCAAGGAGAAGGCCGUCCUCGGCUUCAUGAUGGACCCCGCCGGCGACCUCGAGGGCACGACGUACAACUCCAGCUGGGUCGACCAGCUGCCGACGACCAUGCUGCACUUCGGCGAGACCCACCGCCAGCUCGCGAUGCCCAUGCGCUUCGAUCUCGCUCUCGACGAGGUCAAGGGCUUCGAGGAGUUUUGGACGUACAAGGGCAGCCUGACGAGCCCGCCGUGCACCGAGGGAAAGCGCUGGUUCGUCGCAAGGGAGACGAUGUGGACGAGUGUGCCGCAGAUGCGCGAGAUCCUGCGCGUGAGCACUUUCUCUGCGCGCGCCGUGCAGCGGGAGUGGCUGCACGAUCUUAAUUUGUAA